UACGCGUCCCAGGGAGCACCGCGCGCGCGCUCUCUGUUGUCGUGCCGCCGCCUUUCCGUGGUGCGGUUGUUCGUGGCUCUCUUUCGGGUCCGCAGCGCUUCCGUUCUUUCUCCUUGCCUUGGACCGGCCCAGCGCUCUUUUUUCCCCCACCCGCUUCCCCCGUCCUCGUCCGCGGUCGGCGCAUUCACGCGAGUCCCCGGCUUCGCUCGAGGCCUACGUCCCUUUCCGCCUCCUCCGUCAGGCGGUGACAUGGCGCGGCUGUCUGUGCCCAGCUCGCAGAAGGCCCUGCUGCUGGAGCUGAAAGGGCUUCAGGAGGAGCCCGUGGAGGGCUUCCGAGUCAGCCUGGUGGACGAGGGGGACCUCUACAACUGGGAGGUGGCCAUCUUCGGGCCUCCCAAUACGCAUUACGAGGGUGGCUAUUUCAAGGCCCGGCUCAGAUUUCCCAUUGAUUACCCUUAUUCGCCGCCUGCCUUCCGCUUCCUGACCAAAAUGUGGCAUCCCAACAUAUAUGAGACUGGAGAUGUUUGCAUUUCAAUUCUACAUCCUCCAGUGGAUGACCCGCAAAGCGGAGAGUUACCCUCAGAAAGGUGGAACCCAACGCAGAAUGUAAGAACAAUUCUUCUUAGCGUGAUCUCGCUCCUCAACGAACCAAACACGUUCUCUCCGGCCAACGUUGACGCUUCGGUGAUGUACAGAAAGUGGAAAGAAAGCAAAGGGAAGGAUCAAGAAUACACGGACAUCAUCAGGAAACAAGUCCUGGGAACCAAGGUGGACGCCGAAAGGGACGGCGUCAAAGUCCCCACCACGUUAGCGGAGUAUUGCGUCAAGACCAAGACGCCCGCCCCGGAUGAAGGCUCCGACCUGUUCUACGACGACUACUACGAAGACGACGAAAUGGACGACGAGGUGGAAAGCUGCUACGGGGACGAGGACGACUCCGGCAACGAGGAGUCUUGACGAGGGAUUCCCCGCCUCCCUGUCCCCCCUUCUCCCGUGCCCCCCCUUCCUGCCCCCUUCCCUCCACCGCUGCCUCCUGCUGCUGCACCUGAUAGUAGCAAUAAAUUACCUGACUCAUACUUGAACCCAGGACGCAACCGGCUGAGACCUGGAACCCCCCCCUUUUGGCCCUGAGACAAAAGAAACCAAAAACUCUACCUCAAAAGGAACACUCGGCUUCUGCUUGACCGGGGAGGGGGGGGUGGGAGAUCUCCCAGGGGGCUUCAGUUGCUGUGUGUGUUUUGGGCUUCGACCUUUUUUUUUUUUUCCUUUUUUUAAAAUUUUCUUUUAUUAGGGGAGGAUUUGGGCGGAUGGAAGCGACUUCUGGUUCAUCCUGAGCCGUUGCUCCGGCCGGCUGGCGGGGUGUUCGGGACCCAACGCAAAGGAGGUGGACGGAUACCUUCAGGAGGCAGGAACCGAGUGCGAGGUUUGGAACGGCUUUUGUGAAAUGGGUCGUUUUUCCUGUAACAACGGCCAAAAGAAAAAUACAGGGGAGAAUUUCUGGCGAGGAUUUCUUAGCUGCACCGGACAGGUCAGGGUGACAUCUUGGCCAGACCGUGUGUGUAAAGCAGAGGCAGGAGUUGUGAAGUGGAUGUUUCCCUCUCGUUCGCUGUGGAGACACGGCCAGGAAGCCUGCCGAGGUUCCCUCCAUGGGAGAAAGAUGGCUCCUUCCUUAUUGCCAGUGCCAAUUCGCUCCAGAGCACAGGGGCCUCGGCUCAGGUGCUCCGUCAAAGUUCUGCUUAACCAAGAUGGCCUCGAUGAUGGCUUAAUCUGCUUCCUUUUCUCUUUCCUUGGCUUGACUUUCUUUUGGGGAGAGCCCCCCAACUCCCUGGCAAGCAAAGGAACGGAGAACAAGUCACUGCCUGGGGUAGGGGUAGGCAACCUUGGCUCUUUUAUGACUCAUGGACUUCAACUCCCAGAAUUCCUGAGCCAGACAUGCUGAGGGGACAGGAAGAGGUUUCCAUACUGAGCCAUGCUGGCUCAGGAAUUCUGGGAGUUGAAGUCCACGAGUCAUAAAAGAGCCAAGGUUUGCCUACCCCUGGAUUCCUGGAGUCACGGGGAAUGAAAGAGGAGGUGGGCUGUCUGUUGUGCAGCAUUGCGUGUUGUUUCUCCAUCUUUGGGUGUACAGCUAAACCGUAGCCAAAAAGCUAUCCACCUCAGUUCCCAGAGAAAUCAUAGCUGGAUGUGGGACAGGCCCUGAAGUAAACGUCCUAGGAUGCACCCCGUCUUCUCUACCAGCUUCACCAAGUAGCAUCUUUCUGAAGCUCACCUCCCUCCACUUUUUCCAGAGAUCUUGAGCAAAGGUUAGAUAGCUGGUAGGAGGCCACAGCUCUGAUUGAGCAGGCCCCAUACCUACAGCCAAGUAAAUUGUGAGGGAAGGGCCUUGGUCUUCCUUCUUCUCACCUCCUCCUCCUCCAGGGAUUCCUCUCCUGAUUUUCACUGUAGAAAGCAAACACCAGGCCAUCUUGAAAAGACAAAGCCCUGAUGGGAGAAAGAGAUUCUGUCCAGCCUGGAUGUCUCCCCUUGAACCCAGAGAGAGAAGAUGGAGAGUAGAUUAACAAAGACCAGUAGCCAAGCCUUGAAUUCCCUCAGAAAUUUCAAAAUCCAACUGUCCCACAACUGCUUUGAAAAAUCAGAAAGACCCUAACUCGGAAAGGGCCACGAUUCUCUUAAUACAGGGGUCUUCAAAUGGGGCCCUUUUUAUGACUUGUGGACUUCAACUCCCAGAGUUCCUCAGCCGGAAUUCUGGGAGUUGAAGUCCACAAGUCAUAAAAGGGCCAAGUUUGAAGACCUCUGCUCUCUCUCACUCUCUCUCCUCUUCCUCCCUCCCUCCCUCUCUCUCUCCUUCUCUCUCUCCUGCAUUCCUGCCUUUUGAAACUUUAUUCCUUUGAGCUAGCGCUCUUUUGGCUGAUCCCUAGGAUUUGACGUCCAUCUUUUAGACCGGGAGGGAAUUGCCCACUUCAAAAUGUCCUCUCUCUGCUGUAGACAGAGGACUUUGCUAAAUCCAAGUUUUUUUUUUUCCUUUUCACAAGCAAAUAAUGGUGUUUGCGUAUGGGUGGGGUGGGGCUGUUGUGUUUUUAUUUAUUUAUUUUUACCCAGGGGGGUCCCUGUCUCACUGAGCACUGAAUGGAAAUCCACUCUGCUUGCCUUUGAUGUUGCUUUCCUGAUUUGUGAAAUUAUGCCCCAUUCUCUAGGGUGGAAGUUGCUAGAAUUUGCACCUGGGGUGCGUGGGUGGGGGGCUUUUAGGAAGCAGUGGGAGUCUAAUGGGCAGAAAUCGACUGUUUUGUAGAAUUGGGGAAGGGGAAAUGGGUUGGCAGGGGAUGGGAUAUAUAUAUUUUGCUUUUUUCUGUUUUUCUGGAUUUGAAGCUAUUUAAUAAAAGGAUUUUGAAAGGAA